AUGUCUAUGGAACAAAAUGGCAACCAGAAUAUGGCCACAUCCAUUUUCUGUAGAAAUGGCUGUGGCUUUUAUGCAGCCCAGGCAUUUGAUGGGAUGUGCUCCAAAUGUUACAAGGAUUUAAAACAGCUCCAGCAGAAUGAGUCACCCGUAACAGCUGUCCAGUCACCAGCAGCCACACCGUCUGUCAGUAGAUCUUCUGUGCUGGGUGGUGGUGAUGAGAACGAUGUUGACGCAGUGGCCGCUGCCCUGAGUAAAACUUCCUUAGGAGGUAGGUUCUUCUUUAAUGUUUAAUUUUUCAGUCUGUAUUGGUGAACAUAUGUAAAAUAGAAGCAUUACCUCUUUCCUGGGUAAAAUAUUCAUUAUGCCUUCUGGAACAGGGUUCUUAACCUUUACUAUAGUCUGGCAUCUCAAUCUAAGGGUCCAGAUCAUGUGAACUAUUGGGAACAACUGAAGCUUGCAUGUACAAAAUCAGAAGAUGGAACAAGAAGAAAAUGUAUUUUGACUAAAUAUUUUUCUAAUAAUAGCUUACCAGAAGUUGACCAUUUCAGACUCAAGUCACACAAUAAGACUGGAUUACUUACAAUUUGGUUUCGUUAUAUACCAUUAUAUGGUUUUGCAAAGUUAUCUGUUUUAAGAUUUGGCUCAUUAGAUGAACAAGGAAAGAUGCUAGCAAUGAGCAAAGCCUCUCGUGUUAACGAUAUUAAAUUUAAUUAUAACUACAAUAUUUAUGUUAAAGAAUACAAAAUGUGACACAGCAAGUGAAAAAAUAUAAUCAUCGAAAGAUAGAAAUAUUGAUAUAUACACACACAAAGAGUAGCUCUCAUAAGUAUAUUAAGUCUUGUAAUUGUCUAGGAAAGCUAGCUAAAAUCUCUUCCGGUUGGGAAAGCUGCCGGUUUAUUUAUGGGGAGGGAGUUAGAACCCUCCAGAAAAGAAAAGAAAUUCACUCAAUAGUAUUCUUUAGAACAAAUUAGAAAGUUAAAAAAAAAAAUACGAUCAAGGGACGGGUGUGUAAUGGUACAGUGCUAGUCAUUAAAUCGGUGAUGUCAGUAGAAAAAAGGAAGGGUGGGAAUGGUGGAUGCCACAGCCAACAUGAAGAAAAAUAGGUAAACACACCAGCUAUUCUCAUCAUGUUGAAAUGUUAAGCUAUGCAAUCUGUUUUCACCAUACCCUACAAAGCUUACCACAAGUAACAAUGUUAAAAUGUUUGUUGAUUUACUAUUAACUGGUAAAUAUUGUUUGAAGCUAAUUUUUUAUGUUUGGAUUAUUUUUCUCGCUAUAAUUUCAUUAAUUUAAAAAAUAUAAUUAAGUAUUCAGACUUUAGAAUUGUAGCCACAUUCAAUUUUCAUUUCCCUUGUAGUUGUUACGUUUUUUUAAAUUUGAUAUUCUAAUGUAGUAAGUAUAAUCAUGCCUUUCUGCUAUUUGUAGAAAUGAAUGUGAACACUUCCAGCAACUCUAACAGUGAUAAAUUCUCCGAGAAGCUAGCUGAGAAACUUGGGGCUGCCGGGGGUUCUGCCAUUGAAACAGCCAGUCCCACAGUGGCAUCAGCCAAAGCUUCAUGUAGUGAUACGAAAGAUGAGGAUGCUGGUUCUCCAGACGGUACAAACUCUUAUCUAGCUCAAAUAUGUGCCUAAUUCCCAGAACCACACACGGUUUUGGACCUAACUCUCUCUUAUAACUUCAUAAAAUUGUGAAGAUGAUGGGAUUUUAAUCAUGUCAACACUUUAUAUCCAUAGGGCAUAUAGUAACAAUUCCCUUCAUAAUCAACCAAGAAUUGUCACUCUUUAAAACUACGACCCAAUUCAUAUCUGAGUUAGUUUUUUAAUAACAAAUUGCAAUUGUUUGGUGUAUGCAAUAUAAAAUUUUGAUCAAAAUGAGACUUAAAGUAAACUAUUUUCAUUCUAAGGUUGUGGUUUAUCCAUUGUUAACUAGUUAGAAUGCCUGCCCAGCAAAGGAAUAUUUCUUUUUUGCUGUUAUGUAGAUGAUGUCAUGUUGAUGUAGGGUAAAAAAUCGGUCCCGUCACUCGGCGUCAUGUGGAUAUCAAGUGUUCACCAUGCCCUUUGUUUCCAAUCUAUUUUAAUAUUGUUUUAAGACCUUGGUGAAUUCUAUUCACAGUUUUAAAGUGUUUAUUCUAUAAGCCUAGAUUUCAAUUGGUAGUUUUUUUCAUAAUUUUUGUUUAACUGACUACUGCCUAACCUGGUUAAAGGAAAUAUUGCCUUCCUACCUAAGCAAAGGAACAUAACUCCAUUUUAGAAUGUACCUGUAUGUUAUUCUUUAAAAAAAACAAAACAAUAUCAUUGUGUAUUUUUACACUUUUAUUAAAAAUAAACAUGAAUGAAAUAUUAUAUUCACAAUGUAGAAUAGGCUAUUUAGGGAAAAAUCUUUUAAUUAUAUCUGAAGUUGACUGAAAUAUGAUCUAAGCUUUCUUGUCUAGUAAACUUAGUUUAGUAGCCUGUCGCAAAUGACCUUGAAAGGUCAUGACAAAUUUUGAAUGUUUGUAACUUUCAGGAAAGAAGAUAAAAACAUACAGAUUUCUUUAAAAAAAAUAAUAACUUCAUUUGUGACAUCAGCAUUAAAUUUUAGUAGAGGAAUGUAUGGUAGGCAGCCAGAAAGAGCAUCAUAUUUUACUAUCGUCCCGGCUGAGGCUGUUAAGAACCAUUAGUGUUUUACAUCUUUUUAUUUUAAAAAUGGUAUGUGAAAGUCUGAAUAACAACAAAAGACAGUGCUCAGUGAAUUAUAGGUGUAAAUAUUAUAAUGUUUUAUUUUACCUUCUCAAAAUGGAUUUAUAUAUUAUUGACUUUUGUGUGUUCAGGUGACAGCAUCAGUGAAGCAGAUAAGAGUAAGCGACCCAAAAAGAAUCGUUGCAUGGAAUGUCGGAAAAAAGUUGGACUCACAGGUUAGUAGUUGGAAUAAGGUUAUUUCUCCAAUGAACAAAUAAGCAUUUUACUAAUUUUAAAUCACUGAAAUGGUUUUAAAAUUUCCCAUUUUUCAUCAUGGACUUAGGCUCUUUAAAAAAUUUUUCGGGAUAGAGCAGGCAUGAAAUCAACAGGGGAAGAUAAGAUUGAAAUGUUCUAAACUAUGCUUACUUGAUUCCCAGUGUCUUGAAUAACAAUUAAACUUGUUUAUUUUAAACAUUUGCUUAUCUGGUGAUGCUAUAUACAGUUAAGUGCUAUGUUUUUUCUACUGGUAUAUCUUAACAGACCUGUUAACUCUUACAAUUUUGGAGUACAAUCUACGAUUUUGAGGUUUUAUUACGAAUGCCAAAACCUGUUGAGACUACGAUUUCAAAAUUGGGUUGAAAAUUUUAUAUUGUGGUAGUUUUUGCGAUUAAAUUAAACUAAAAAUACAUUUUCAGUUGUUAGUUUUUAUUUGUUAGCCUUCUUUCUAUAUCAAGCAGAGAUGGAUCGAAGAAUACGAUUGGUUGGGGACGUAAAGUUAUUAAUUUUGCCCUGAGAGGGGAAUGGAGUGGUGUUGAUUUAGGUUUUGUGUGUCGGGGGGAGUAGAGUCCAAAUAUUUAAGUCUAAAAAUGAACACUGUGCGUAUGUAGGAGGGGGUUCCUCAGCAUAAAAGUACAUAUGUUAUUAAAUUUUCGUAAAAUUUUCAUCCUAAAACUCGGAAAGUCCAAAAAUAACAUAUUUAUAUCUCGAAUGCUGUAAAAAUAUCGCACAAUCUUUUGUAGGAAUUAUUCUCAUAAUAUCGUUAAUGUUGCCAUGUAUUUGUAUAAAUCAGGGGUCACCGCGGGCCAGAUAAAGGACAAAAUAAGGCUGUAUAAUCAUUUUCUCCAAUACUUCCAAGGCAGACCCAAAGCCAGAAAAAUUACGAAAAACUAAGUUAGUAUUCCAUGUUAAUCAUGGGUGAGUGGCGUCCAAUGCGCAAAAUACACGAUAACAAACAUAUUUAUUUACUAUAAAAGUUAUCAAAGAAGGCAACAUUAGAUAGUUACAUUAGACCUAGUGUGCACAUAUUUGAAUCUCUAUAACGAAGCAGCAAAAAGGAAGUAGAUGAGAUUUUGAAACUGGUGUCUGGGUUUCGAGAUAUCAUCAAUAUUUGCUUGGGGAAUAGUCGCAUCCAAUCAAGAUGUUCAUCAGUCAAUCUCGUCAGAUGUGAUGACUUCACAUACUUCAUUUUGAAAAUGUUUGCUCACAGACAAAAGUUGUUCCAAACACUGAUGCCAAACAAUGACAGCAAUAGGAUACUAUGUUGAGACAAUAUAGUAUGGUUGUAGGAGUAUGAGUAUAGUAUGAGGAAAAACAGGUCUGUCUUAAGUUAAGUAAUGUGUCAAUUUUAUGAUACAGCAAUUUAUAAGCAAUUAUGCUAUGUCUUCCUCAGGUUUUGUGUGCCACUGCGGCAAGUUGUUUUGUAGUUUACAUCGCUACUCAGACACACAUGAUUGUACUUUUGAUUUUAAGGAGAAGGGACAGGAGGAGAUCCGUAAGAAUAACCCCGUAAUCAAGGGAGAGAAAAUACAAAAGAUAUGAAGUAGGUUGUCCCUUCCUGAUCCCCCCCGUCCCAUCCCGUUUCUUGAACCAGGGCAUCCCAUCCUGCCCAGUGGAACUUGUUGAUCCAAGGAUUUUACUCUUGGCGCUGGACAGAGGCUUAUCAGAGGAGUGCCGCUGUCUGUUGUAUUAUAUAUAUAUAAAUAGUUUGGUUUGUCUUCGGAUUUUAAAAUUGUUUUAUAAAUUAAAUAUGUGGUGAUUUGGGCAUAUAUUUCUGGAUGGUAACUUGUCUGAUGGAGUGAAAUUGUGUCAAGUGAUGGCAUGGAUGUGUCUGAGGCGAUUUAGAUGGGUAUGUCUAUAUUUACAUGGACCUGCAUUCAAAUAUAUAUAAACAUGCUUACGAUUAAGUUGAAGCAUGUUUCCGGAGCAAUUGGGCCUCAGUGAAUAUAAAGAACUGUACUAUUGCUAUGAUGUGGUAGUAUCUUGGUCCUACUGCUAACACUUGGUUUGUGCAUGCUUACAUCCAUAUUUGUGUGUGGGGCCAUUACUAAACAUGUUGGUGUUGUGGGUAUGGUACCAGCCUUUUGUAUGUAUGUGUGGCUUCAUCACAAAAAUUAUCCAUCUCUUUCUUAGAAAUUAAAACCAACUCAACUUGUGUUUUGUUGGUAAAUGAAAAAAACAAAGAACAUUUGAUAUUAAAAAACUUGCUCAAGGCUGCACUGAGAAAUCUUUAACUUACAGCUUUUUUUAAAGAGAUUUCAUUUUUGUGGUGACUCUUCAUAUAUUUGGCAUCUGUGAUAGCAGCGGGGUGUGACUGUUUUGAAUGUGCUUUGAGGUAUUAUAUCAUUAAUUGAUGAAUUGAAAGUGUUUGAGUGAGGUAUGAUGUGAUGAAUAAACAAGGAAUUUGAUAUAUUUGAGCUAUGAUGAGACCAUUUAUCCACCCAAGUAUGUUAAAUUUGUUAGAUGUUUAGCUAUUUGUGUUAACCUGUUUUAAUCAAUGUGGCUGAUUGCUCUAGAGGAUCAUGUCAACAACCGGUCUAUAUUCCUUGUGUGGCCUAGUAGGGUUUUUUUUGUUUGCCUUGGUCAGUUUUAAUAGUAUAGUUAAAGCCGCAAAAUUUGCAUUUGUUUUUAAUCUCCGUUUAUAUGCUGUAGUUCUUUAAAAAAUCAAACUAUUCAAUAAAUUUAAGUGUCUGGAAACUAAUUGAAAUUUACCUUUAAAGUCAAAGAUUAAUCAUCCCAGACUCUGUUAAUGCAUGUAAGCAACUUCCCUCCUCAAAGGGCCCCAAAACUUGAAGAAAUUUAAAAUAAGACACUGGUUAGUAAAUAAAAAAGUUUAUUUUUGUCCUAGGCAUCAACAAAGUCGUGUGUAUAAUACUAAUGUAUAGAAUUGUUUGAGCUGACAUUACAAAGCAUGCUGUUGUGUGUUUGACUGGCGGUCUGCCAUGUUAAUCUAAAAUAACCGAAUAUUAUAUACAGCAUCUGUGUGGAUAUUAAGACUUAUUGUACGUUUCAUUGUUUUUUUUCAUAUCUACUUGAUUUUCUCAUUUAUUCUCAUUUGUGGUUAGAGUUGAGUUUUAUAUCGUAAGUAACUUGAAGCUAUAAAUAGAAGGAUUAACUUCUGUGAGAGUGAGUCUUUAAAUUGAGCUUUAAGUAAACCUUUAUACCAAUAAUACUUAUAACAAAUUUAUAUUUUUAGUUUAAAAAAUAAAAUAAAUAUGAGUUGAUCUUUUGUUACUUCUUUUUUAUUUUCUCUUUUCUUAUGAGUUUUGGGAGUAAAAUUAGGCACCUUCAUUUCAAAGUGUAAGAUUUUCUUACAUACUCUGUAUUUAUUAGUUUUAGAAAGUUUUGAAAUAGUUUAAAUAAAUAAAUAGUUGUUUAUAAAAAGAUGGGUAAAUUACUUGUAUAAACUAUAUACAUAUAUAUAUAUAAAUAUUUUAGAUAUUUAAUUCAUGUCUAGGAGAUUAUUUUUAAAGCAUGUUAUAUGUUUUUAGUGGCCACAGUCGAGUGCAAAUGUAUAUGGCUAUGUCAGAUCCACUAAUGUCCUGUAAUGGGUUGGAUUUGUUGCAUAAAUAUCUGCAUAAUUGUUAGAAAGCAUGUACAGGGGUAAAAAUCUUGUAAAGGUAAAAAAAAAAAAUGGCAGCUGGGAACAUAUACCAGUCCUAAUACCUGACAAAUUUCUUAACUUUUUUAGUUGCUAUUCACAUCUGCUCAUGUAAACAUUUCUCAAUUACUUAGUAUUUUGUAGAAGUUAACAUUUUAUUUAACAUUAGAGGAGCAGAAAGUUUAUUUUGUUUCUGUAUUAUUUAGCAUUAAAAGAUUUGUAUAAUCAGAGCAUUACUACACAGCAGCUGGUCUUGGUAGCCUGCCACUAUGUUUGUUUUGUGUGAUGAUAGCGGCCAGCUUGUGUCAUUGUGUACCAUGGUCAAGUGUUUGUCUGAACUUUUCUUCCUUGCAUUUUAUGUUGAUAAUUGAUGAUUAAUAAAAAUGAUAAUGUGAAAUUAAAAAAAUAUUCUGAUGCAAUGCUAUUUA